GAUUGAGCAAACAUUCUGGCUCACCUUGUUCAGUAGUAAACUCGACCGUGAUCCGGUCGACGUAAAUAAUACAUCAUUAGCAAAGUGGGUUGGCAAUCUUAAAGUGUCUUUUUAUCCCUGUUUUGUCCGCCAAUGCCCCGCACUGCGCCCUCCCGUGGCUACAGUAUUCAGCAGACGUCAAAGAGAAGGGAAAAAACCCAAGCAAUGUAUGUCUGGCACUAAAUUGGCCAAUUCUGUGGGGUUGCCGUGUCGAGUGUGUAUUUAUUGGCAAUACAUAUGUGUACAUUCUCGUUGGUAGGCUCAUGUGUUGAGUCAUACACCGCCAACUAUUCAACUAUAGAUGCGCACUUCACUUUUAGGUGACUGUACGGAACUGACUCGGUGAUACAGCAGACUUUCUAGUGCAUUCACUGCAAGCAUUAUCUCGCUGGGACGACGUACGAUUAUCAUUUACAUCACCGCCGCUCGCACUGCUGCGCUGCAUACCGCACACGAUACAGUGCUCGCCGGCAGAAUUCUUUUAGACUCAGCGCAAGGAAGUUGGCCGUCUGCGAAACAAAAAUCGACUUUUUCUUCCAGACAAAGUGAAUCAUUUGUUGACCAAGGGCCAUUCUAGCUGUGUGUACUGUGCGUGUGUGCUGGCUGGCCUUGUGAUGUUGCAUGCCAGAAGCAUUAUAGGCAGCCACACAAAUUGAACUCCUGCUUUACCGCAAGGCAAAUAGAUUCAACCGGUGCUGUUUGUUUUGGGGAAAAUAUUUUGCCAGUGUUGCUGCCGUGAAAGAGAGGACCAUUUUUGGAGUGCAGCCGAUUCGAAGGAAACACCGUAUAUUUUUUUGGUGUGUGUCAUUUAUAUCUGUUUAAUUCGAGAGGGAUAGAGUUAAUUGUUGAUAACGCGAUGAUCGGGUCUGUGGUGGUGGUGAUGGCAGCGUGUCUGGCCCAGAUGACGGCCGGGUUUGCCAUGGAUCUGUCCGGUCGGAUCACCAAGCCGACCUGCGUGGACAUCCCCGUCGAUCUCGCACUCUGCCAGAACAUCGGCUACAACCGGAUGCGGAUGCCCAACCUGCUGGACCACGACUCCAUCUUCGAAGUCAAGGACCAGUCGCAAGGGUGGAUCCCGCUCUUGAUGGUCAACUGCGACAACGACACCCAGCUCUUCCUCUGCUCCCUGUUCUCGCCGGUCUGCCUGGACCGGCCCAUCUACCCCUGCCGGUCCCUCUGCCGGAAGGUCCGGCAGAACUGCGAGCCCAUCAUGCUGCGGAACUGCUUCCCCUGGCCGUCCAUGCUGGAGUGCGACCGCUUCCCCGAGGACAACGGCCUGUGCAUCCAGUCGGAGAUGCGGCAGAGGAACGCCACGGAUCAGCCCACCCAGUCCAGCGGCAGCAUGAUACCGUCGGGCAUAGGCAUGUCAGAUGCUAAUUCACUAUCGACCACUGCCCUUCCCAUGGUCUCCAAGCAACGUCCAAUGAAAGGCAUGGUGGCAGCAGUGGGAUCACUCUUCACACAGUGUCACGACGAUGCCGACGCCGCAUCAAUAGUUGAGUAUUUCUGCAAUGCCGACUUUGUUUUGAAAAUGAAACUGAAGGAAGUCAAAGAGACGGACGAAGGCAUGCGAUACGUGGGCGACCCGACCCCGGGCAAGUUCGCGGUCAUCAAGCAGGGUAGCCUCAAGCAGAAGGACCUGGCCAAAAUGCGCUUCUGGACGCGAGAGGGCGCCAACUGCGGCUGCGACAUGCUGCGGCCGCGCAAGGAGAACUUCCUGGUCAUGGGCCACCGCGACGGCAAGAAGCUGUACAUGACCUACGUGCACAUCUGGACCAAGUCCCGCGAGCUCCGCAACGCCAACAAGCAGUUCGCGCAGCCCUGCCCGGGCGACGGCGUGGAGUCCUCGGAGCUACCGGCCACCAAGAAGCCCCGCAAGGACCGAGGGGGGAAGAAGGGCCGGCCGGACAGACGGGAGAGGCCCGGACGGGACGGCGCGGCCGAGACCACUACCCAAGCGGUGACCGAGAGGAAGCUGACGCGGGAAGAGAGGAGGCAACUACGGGAGCAGAUGAGGGAGACCAAACGGGAAAACAGACGCAACAAGGAGUAAUCCCUUUAUUAUGUCUAGGCUAAUUUAUCGAAAGUCUUUUUUUUUCUUUUUCCUAGCAGUUUACAUACUCUCACUGGCGACAAACCAAAAACUUAGUACAGUAUAGACCCAUGAAAAUUAGUUAACCCUAACAGAACUCAACCCAUCGAACCCCACAGCACGAUUUGUUGGAAUCUGUCAGGAUGGGUACAGUACCCCUAAACUGACAGUCUUUUACAUUGGGUUGGCACACCUGCAGAAUCAAAGUCAGAAAUUAUGUGUGUGCACUUCUAGUUUCCCAUAUAGAGUUAGAAUUUGCCAGGAUGGGUAUGGAAUGCAAAAUGCUAGGUUGUAAUUUUGAAACAAUGCCGAAUACCUGGGAAGGAUGUCUGAAUAUGUUUAGAGCUACUUAACAGCCCGAUGUCUACCACAAAUAAUACAGCAAAAGCAGAUACCAUAAUUUAAUGUUCGUUUUAAGGAACAUUAAAAAAAAACCUCUGCAGCUUUUGAGACGAUUUUGGGGUCUUGGUUGUUUAAAAGAACUCCAGUGACUUGGUACUAUGAGAAUUGAUUCAGAUUCAAAAAUGAUCGUCUCAUUCAUGUCACUUGGGCUAGCUCAAAAAUGGGCUUAUUUUUUUUUAAAUAGUUUUCCUGCACCUCCGAGAAGACAAAUAUCUCCACUAGCCAGAUCGGAUCGGAAUUCGGAAACCACUUCAAAGAAAUAAACCAGAUUCCGCUUGCUUUUAAACUGUCCUUUGUGGAACGGAACCGUUCGACGGUUUCUUUGUGUUUAUAGGUUCUUUGAGUGUUGUGAUUCGAAAAGUAACAACAGAGUGCCGGUAUUAGAUUACAGGCAUUUAAAACGUGACCGUGGGCUUGAUUUUUUGAGUUGGGCUUGGUGACAAUUUCAGAAUCACGCCUUUAAGGUGUCUCAGAGACUGUGUUUCGCGUUCAGAACUAUUUUGAUUAAUAAUUAUUA